CCUACGAAAUCCGUCCCCCAAUCACCGCCCCGCCCGGGCUAUUUUACUCCUCCUCCACCCCCAAUCUCCACCGGAUUUCACACACUUCACGCACUAAUCCGGCUUCUUCCGCCCCCUUCUCUACCUGCUCCCCUCGCAAUUAAAAUCAAUAAAACCAUUCUCCCUCUUGUAAUUUUUGUUAAUUGUAAAAGGCACAGCUGCCGGAAGGAGGAAUCCGGUUUCUGCCGGAUUAAAUUAGCGCGCCAGAUUUCAGCUGAUAGGCGUUAGAAUUAGGUUUUUUUUUUUUUCACUUGUUUGUACGAUUUUACAUAUACUAAUUUUUUUGUUGAGUCGAUAGAUUUUUGAUUCCAUGUGUAAAAUAGGAAACAUGAUUAGGUUUAGAGUCUCGUAAAUUCCUGUUGUUGUAAUAUUGGCGUUUUGGUUGAAGUGUAAAUGGAUAUGGAGAGCUCGCGUAGACCGUUUGAUAGAUCGCGAGAACCAGGGUUGAAGAAACCUAGGUUAAUCGAAGACCCUAUCGGACUGGAUCGCAGCUCAAAUGGCCGGGCCACCAGCUUUAUUCAGCGUUCUGGACCUGCCAGCUCCGGCUCGGCAGCUUCUUCCAGAUUUACCUCACCGGACGACUCUGUGCGAGGACCUUAUCCGCAUAAUCAAUUACAGCAGCAGCAACAGAUUUUGGAGCUCGUGACUCAGUACAGGGGUGCCUUAUCUGAACUCACUUUCAACUCCAAGCCGAUAAUAACCAACUUAACUAUUAUUGCCGGGGAAAAUCUGCAUGCGGCAAAGGCCAUUGCCAACACCGUCUGUGUGAAUAUCCUCGAGGUGAUUCCAAAAUUUAAAAUUUAUAACACUAUCACCUCACUGAUGCUAUUGUAGUACUGUUGUUAUUCCUGACCGUGCCUUAGCUGUUUGGAAUGUGUAGGGAAAUUAGUUUAACUAGGUAAACGUUCUUCUAAAUUAUGCUUAGAAUAGUAUAUAAGUUAUAUAAGAAUACAGGAGGGGAGGAUUGUAAAUGAGUAAGUGAUUAAUGGAUGAGUCGCAUUUCGGAGCAGCUUUUUGAAUUUUAAAAUUUUUAUUUUUCCCUGGUCGGAGUUUAAAUUCAUUGUGUAGCGCUGAAUUUUUUCCAUAGCAUCUUUAUGGUUUUGCGAUCUAAUUAGUUUUGAAUGUCACAAUGGGGUCUUCCAGCGCCACAUCCACUAGCACUGCUUUAGUGAUGACUUAAAUUUAUUGGUUAUUACGUGCAAUGAGUAUUACAAGCAAAUUACAUUAUUAAUAUCCAAAUUCUACAGGUUGAAAAUCAGUUUCUUUAUAGACUUACCAUGAGACGCGCAUUGCUAAUUUAUUUUUCUUGAUCUUUCUAGUGACAUUGGGCUUACAGCCAUAGUAGUACGUCUCUUUAUGGUAAUAAUUGUUGACCAUUCUCCUAUAUGGGGAAGGUCUUGUGAGUUUAAUAUCGGGAUUUUAUAUUUAUAUGCUUACUUCUUACAUCAGUAAGUCAUGGGUAAAUAAAUGCCCAUUAUUGCUGGCUCUGAUUUUUAGAACUUAGAACAAUCUUUAGUUGUUGUUAAUGGGUUUUGGAUGUUGCAUCUGGAUAGCAGACUACUAUGUGUAUUCCUACCUAUGGUUAUAUUGUUACACUCUGUUCUGAAGAGAAAAUUAAAGAAUGUGGAUGGACAGUUUUGAGUUGGUUUUGAACUGCUAACUGCUGGAUGCUUGGUAUACAUGCUGGAAAGAUUGCAGAACGACUCGUCACCCACUUGCCUCUGCCCCCCCUGAAUUACUCAUCUUAUUGCAGCUGUUUUCAGAGUUUUUGCAUUUGCUGAUAGGUUAAGUUUAUAUGGAUAUACAUUCCUCUAAUAAACUUAAUAAUUUACAGGUUCCUAGCGAUCAAAAGCUGCCAUCACUUUAUCUCUUAGACAGUAUAGUGAAGAAUAUCGGAAAGGACUACAUAAAAUACUUCGCAGCAAGACUACCUGAGGUUUUCUGCAAGGCAUAUAAGCAGGUUGAACCCUCCAUUCAUCAAGGCAUGAGGCAUCUCUUUGGUACUUGGAAAGGAGUUUUCCCAUCUGAGACGCUGCAAAUGAUUGCUCAAGAACUUGGCUUUGUGCCUGUGGCUAAUGGUUCAUCUCGCCCUGAGGCACCUGCUCGUCCUGCGCAUGGCAUCCAUGUAAACCCCAAGUAUCUGGAGGCAAGGCAACGUAUCCAACAGUCUACUAGGGCAAAAAUUUCUGUCAGUGAUACAAGCGGAAACCUGGCAAACUUGUCUGAGGAUAUGGAAAGAUUUGAAAGAGCUUCGAGUGCUGGAUCGGGAAGACCUUGGGCUGAUCCUCCUGCUAAGUAUCCUCAAAGACAACACCUAGGUGAUGUGAUUCAGGGGGAAAAUGUAAGUGCUGCAUUCGAAGACUCUGAAUAUGAUUCUAUGAUUUCAAAGCAAUCUGGCCUGUUGAGCGGAAGGGCAGGUGAUAAACCGAAGGCACAAGGAGUUAACCCUUGGUUUGAAUCUGGUGGUGUCAUGCCAACAAUAUCAGAACAAAAGAAUGGUUUUGAUCUCAAACAUGGGUACUCAGCCUUAAGAUCUUCUGCUUCUGAUGCAAAUUUGCUACCCAGACACAGGUUACCUAUUAAAAGCACCAGUGAGAUGACGAAGAGCUGGAAGAACUCCGAGGAAGAGGAGUAUAUGUGGGAUGAUAUCAACUCAAGAUUGACUGAUCAGGGUGCAACCAGUGGCUCAGUCAGGGAGCGUUGGACACCUGAUGAUUCAGAGAGAAAUAGUGAAGCUUCAAUCGAUUCUCUAUCUACCGAACAUAAAAGCCUAGCGAAUUCUGGACAGCGAAUGACAUCGUGGUCUCAGGAACCGCCCAUGUCAGAGGGAAUUAGCUCUUUGAUAUCUUCCCGUGAUAUGCUGAGUAACUCUGGAAGCUAUCCACUUGCUCUCAGCGGGUUGCCAAAAACUUCUAAUGCAGGUAGGACAGCUUUCCCGUCAAAGGUGGGGCCUGGGACUACAGGCGCCAGUCGAGGCUAUCUCAUCUCGAAUGCCUCACUAGGAGCCACGGGAUCUGUAGGACAACAACGUCAGACUCUUGGAGCUUCGUCACCCUCUGCGCAGUCGCCAAUGCACCAAGGAGCUUCCUCUCCAUCCAUUUUACCUGAUAGAGAAAGAAAACAAUCGUUUCCUCUUUCAGAUCCUAGAGUCUCUCAACUUUUAGGGCGGAUUAAUACUGUUCCCCGCUCUCAGGUUACUCAUGGUUCACUGCCAUCAAAAUCUGAAAAUUUCCAUCCUCCAAAUUCACAAAGACUGCCACCGAAUUCUCGUCCCUUGGCUUCUUUAGCACAUUCUCCUCGAUUGAUGCAUGAUACAGAAUCCUCAGCGGUGGAGUCAUCACGUAAAUUCCCUGUUCAACCCUUGCCUCAAAUUUCAGGUUCUGGCAACUCAUCUGAAAAUUCGUUGUCAGAUGAUGCAAAUCCUACCGUCACAAAAUCUUCUGGUCAAUCAAGCACAAGUAGUCUGUUGGCUGCCGUAAUGAAGAGUGGAAUAAUUGGUACUCAUGUUACUAGUAGCUUGCCUCAGGUUUCUCCAGCUCUGUCAUCUCAGGAUUCGAAGCAGCAUUCUCUACCUAGUCGCCUUCCUUUGAAACCUUCCGUUUCACCUGUUUUGAGUCAGCCAUCAAUUGGGAAAACGUCUUCAAGAUAUUCUCAGAAGAAUGUUGAUCAGUUAUCCCUGCCUCGUAACGUGCCCCCCUCCUCUGCUGUAGGUAGUACCUCAUCACAGUCCUUGAAUGCUGCUGAUGCAGUCUCUGCUCCAGUGUCUACUCUUCUGAGCUCACUUGUUCAAAGGGGAUUAAUAUCUGCAUCUAAGAAGGAGUCCGCUUCUGCUACUGUAGAUGAAAUUUCUCCACCUCAGGACCUUGGUGUUGAAAUUACAAGUGCUUUGUCUAAAGUAGAUCCUACUCCAGCUUCAUUGCCGCUUUCUUCCUCAUCUACCUCUGAAGAGCUGCACCUUACUCAUUCUAUAUCCGAGUCCCAAGUUCAGCGCUCCCAGUCAAGGAAAGCAGAGAUACACAAUCUCAUCGGUUUCCAGUUUAAGCCAGACGUUCUUCGGGAAUUCCAUCCCGAAGUGGUCAGUGAACUCCUUGAGGACCUCCCUUACAAGUGCGGCAUGUGUGGCCUCAGGCUAAGAAUUGAAGAACGGUUUGACAGACACUUGGAAUGGCACGCUUUGCGUGAAAAAAAUAAAAAUAGUUUGAAAAGGGAAUCAAGGGAAUGGUACUUGGAUUCAGCUGAAUGGAUAAAAAGAAAUGCUGAUGUCUGUUCUAUUGCAGAACCAGUAGGUCCUAUGGAAGAUACAAACAAGGCCUCUGAAUGCAAAGAACAGAUGGUUCCUGCUGAUGAAAACCAAUGUUUAUGUAUUUUAUGUGGUGAGAUUUUUGAAGAUUUUUACUGUGAAGAAAGUAAGGAAUGGAUGUUCAAAGGAGCUGUGUAUUUUCCUUUACCAUGUUCUGAUAGUAACUCUGGAAGUACAAGUGAUGGUGCAUCUCCUGGUUACAUAGUCCACGAGAGCUGUGUAUCAGAAAAUUCUGCUCUUGAAUUGGAAUUUCCAAUGGAUAUGCAAUAGUAAGUUCUAAUGUUUAAUGUGAAAUGCUUGUCAAACUGGUCUUUUAUGUUACUGCAAGUUGUACCAUCUGAUAAUUAGUUAAAUGUUUAAGAGAUUAAACUUUAAUACUAUUUGUUUUCUGAGUUUUGGUUAAUCAUGUUUCAUUUUGCAUCUUCAAUGAUGUUACUUCUUUAGUUUUGGGUUUAGGGGGAUGGUGGGGUUGUUAGAUUUGUUCAAGGCACAUUUUACAUUGUCUGUAUGUUUUCUUGAGCUCUGAUAGCUAGUUUUGCGUGAAACGUCACUUACUGAUAUUGUUACUGAAUCCCCACAUAGAGCAUACUGUAGUUACUUGUUUGAUCAUCACACAUUCGCACUCAAUUGCCCUUCCUCAUUCCACUUGUCUUAUUGAUUAAGUUGCUUUCAAAUACUUCGCAAGCUAGUCCACCUACAGCUUUGUGAUUUUCUGCCUUGUGUGUGAUUUAUGAUCAGGAAAAAGUCCAAAUGGACUGAGUUGGAAAUUCUGAUAGUUGAACAGCCCUGUUGUAUGGUAAGGUGGGCAGACAAAUUGUGUUGUUCACCAGCUAGGCAAACACACAGAACAAGAAGCCCUGGGUGGCCUGUAAGUGCUAAGAAGGUUGAAAGUCUGCCUGCUUGGGGUUGUACGAUUUUGAUUUUGUUUUUGUUCUUCAGUUGAAAAUGAAUAGGAAUAUAAAGUGGCAGAUCAAUCUGGUUCUUAUGUCUUUUAUGGCUUUUACUUGUCUAUUUGGUAAACCCAACCCCCCACCCCUUUCAUACAAAAUUAUUGCUUAUUUUCGGAAUAUGAUGCAUGCAGCACAUUGUUAACAAAAUUAUUCUGAUGCGUGUCCUUCAAAAGUCAAGCUUGGGGAGCGGUGCAAAUCUCUAAGCAUUUGUGUCGAAAUUAGGAACUUUGAACGUUUGUUGUGAUCGACUACUCUUUGUUCCUUCCUUUCAUCUCUCGCUCUCUCUGAGUGCUUGUUUCCUCGAUAUAAAUUUUUAAUGGUUUUUAGAUUUCGGACUCCACUCUUUAAAUUCGGCACGAUAUUAAUGAUGAUUGCUAUCGAGUUGUGCAUGGGUAUUAGCCUAUUAGGCAUUUUGGAAGCUGUGCAAAUCUCUAAGCAUUUGUGUUGAAAUUAGGUAUAAUUUGAACGUUUGUUGUGAUCAACUACUUUUUGUUCCUUCCUUUCAUCUCUCGCUCCCUCUGAAUAGCUUGUUUACGCGAUGUAAAUUUUUAAUGGUUUCUAAAUUUCGGACUCAACUCCUUAAAUUCGGCACGAUAUCAAUGAUGAUUGCUAUUGUGUCGAAAUCUCUAAGCAUGGGUAUUAGGCAUUUUGGGAGCUGUGCAAAUCUCUAAGCAUUUGUGUGGAAAUUAGGUACUUCGAACGUUGGUUGAGAUCAACUACUUUUUGUUCCUCCCUUUCUUCUCUCAUUCUCUCUGAGUAGCUUGUUUCGGCGAUGUAAAUUUUUAAUGUUGUUGGCUUUUUAGAUUAUGGACUCAACUCCUUAAAUUCGGGGAGUCAUCAUAUGUACG